UGGGUCCGGAGUCACAGAUUGCCAACCCCUGUCUUAGGGUGUGAGCAAUGUAGCAAAGUUGACCUAUGUUUUAGGUGGAGCUCAGUCCUGAGUCUAGCCUCCUGCAUUGGCAAGAAACAGUGCACAGAGAAAGGACAUAACAGAUAUUAAACUGAGCCUACUCUUGAUUGUACCAUAAGAAGCCAAGGCCAUCUCAUCAGCUAAACCAUAAAAUGGUGCCAAGUUCAAAGAGGUCCAUGAGGAGGCUCUCACGAUCUCACUGGCAGGGAUCCCUUAUGAUGAUGCUCCCAGAGAAUUAGGACCGUAGGAAUCGCCAUAGUGGAUCAGGUCAGCAGUCCAUCUAGUCCAAUAUCCUAUCUCUGACAGUGGUCAACACCAGAUGCCUCCAAGAGAGGUAGACUAGGCAGCUAUGGAAUGACUUACCUCUAUAAGGGAAGCUUCUUCCUUGCCCCCACCAAGUAGAGAGGACGGGGGUUUAUGCCUCAAAGUAGGGCGGUUUAUACUCCUUCCAAACUUUUAUUUUUAAAUCCUUACUAAUUAACAACUGGAUCAAGUCAACUGGAUCUCUAACAUCCCGGACACAUUGAAAAACUGGACCCAUCAGUAAUCUACACCACCCUCCUCCUUAGAGGGGUCUCUUCUCAUUGCUGGAGCUAGCAAGUCUGAGUGGUGGCUAGGGUUAGGAGCUUGAAUAAAGGACUGGAUUGGAGUUAGUAAUCUCUGGCUGGAGGUCAGGGAAGAGCAUGUUCGGAAAAGGGGGGGACGACAGAGGCGGUGGCUGGGGUCUCUACAAAUUAAAAACAAAUAGUUUGAGGUCAAAUUAAAACCACUAACAACAACACACCCUCUCAGUGUUUUUUGGAGUGUUCAGAUGAUCUCUGGCCCUGUAGCUUAGCUGCAGCUGGCCCCUCUCCAGGGUGAGCUGCAGAGGAGAGAGAGAAGCGUAAACCUCUAAGAAAUUGGGCUGAGGGCACUUUAAAUCUUUCCUGUCCCUGCUUGCUCAUUCCUGUCUAGUACAAUAUAAUCAGAUCCUCUCAGAGUCAAGCCCCUUUCCUUACUGAAGGCAGCCUGGAAUUGCUCUGCUUGUGUGAGAGAGAGAGACAGACUGAUUGUGAUUUUUCUGUGCAGUGCUGCUGUCUCCAUUCUGAGCCUAGCCAGGAGGGGACAGAGAGCUCUCUGCAUUAGAGUGGAGUUUGCCAUUUGCUUUGGGCUUCCUUGCCUUUCUGGCAUUUCUCCACGGGCAGGGAAUCUUUUGGAGCAGAUGCCUUGGAGGGGCUGGAUCCUUCCAGUACCAGGUUGAGCUUCCCAAGCCCCAUUACCUUUCUCAACUGGGGUUUGGUUUUGGCUGGGGGUUUCUGCAGCCUUUCCAGCCCAGCUCUUGCCUUUCACGCUAGUGAACUGGAGUGAACUGGGGCUCCUCUGAUUUUUUUUCUGGAAAGUUUUUUCCUCCCUGUCCAACCUUCCCCCCCCCCCAGUUGAUUGUGAAAUUCUGUUCAGAUGGGCUUGAACCUUCUGCACCUUUUGGAUUCUGUUGCCUGACUGAGGCUCUCAUCCAGGCUCUCAACCACUUGUUAUUAUUCAUAAUUAUUUUUGCUCCUUUCCUACCUGUUGGCUUGUGGUGGAGGAAGUUUCUGCACUUCUGGGUUUGCGAGGAUUUUGACCUUCUCAAUCCCUCUGGAUUCCCUGCACUCCAGGAUGCUGUUGCUGCUGGGGAUGAGGAUGUUAUAAACUUCUAGAGGGGGCAGAUAUAUUUUUUCUCUCCCCCCCCCCCUCCGAUUUCCCGAUUUGGAGAGGAUACAGAGCUGAGGUGUUGAGCUUGGCUUGCUCCUUGUUUUUUUUUUUUUUUUUCUCUCCUCUGAGGAGAUUGCGGGAAGAUCCCAGUUCUUUUUAGUAGCUGAUUUGCUGGGGCAAUCUGAAAUUUCUGUCCUCGGAGAGUGAUCUGUAUCGAUCUGCUGGCUUCCCUCGGAGCUUCUAGCCAAGGACCUUAUGGGAUUUUCCUUCAAUCGACUUCAUGUUCUAGGGUUUCGGUGGAGCUGGCCAUGAUGUUACGGUUCCUGGUGGCUGCUCUCUUCCCAGCUGUGAUCCUGGCCGCGCCACCUCCCAUUAACAAACUGGCCCUUUUCCCGGACAAGAGCGCGUGGUGCGAGGCGAAGAAUAUCACCCAGAUUGUGGGGCACAGUGGCUGUGAGUCGAAGUCUAUCCAGAACAGGGCCUGCCUGGGACAGUGCUUUAGCUACAGCGUCCCCAACACCUUCCCUCAGUCUACGGAGUCCCUGGUGCACUGUGACUCCUGCAUGCCUGCGCAGUCCAUGUGGGAAAUCGUGACGCUGGAUUGCCCGGGCAACGCCGAGAUCCCCAGAGUCGACAAGCUGGUGGAGAAGAUCCUCCACUGCAGCUGCCAGGCCUGCGGGAAGGAGCCAAGCCACGAGGGGGCUCUGUUCAAUGUCUACCUGAACGCAGAGGAGAACCUGCCCGCCGAGGGGCCCAGCCCCCAUCACUACGCCCACCACCAGCAGGAGGUGGAAGAGGCUCCCGGCUCCAACCGCCACCGCGAGGAGGGCCGGGGCGGCGAGGAGUGACCCCCGCCCUCCAGGACUGUCCUUCCAGCCUGCAGUGCGGACGGGGGGUGGUGCACGGGGGAGGGGGUGGGGCUGCGGGGCGUCUUACCUGUCUACUAACUACCCAUCAUGCUUUGCUCUUAGCGGCGCUGUGGGGUGGGCAAGAGUGUCCGAGGCGCAGACGGGGCUUGGGCUGAGACGUGGGGAUGGGAGCGUGGGGGGAUCUGAGCAAACCUACUUGCACAUCAUAGUGAUAAUAUAUUGUGAGGGGGCGGGAGGCUAGGGGCAGCAGCCGGGAGGGGCAGGACGGGAUCCUUUGGGGCUGAGGUUGGCACGGGCUGGCUCUGCAGGGUUUGGAACCGGGCUUCGGAGCCUCUUAUGCUUUAUCUUACUUUUCCUCCGUAGUUUUAACGGACUCUUGCUGGGGGACCAGCCUCUCUUUGCUCCACCCCCUGUUGCUUUCCUGGGACAUCUGUGAGGGUGGGAGUGGGGCAUCCCUCCAGCCUCCUGGGGGUGUAGGGCAGGGAUGCCCUGCUUCUCUGUUGCCCCUCAGGGGUGGGUGGUGUAGGGAGACUUCAACACUGAGGCCUUGGCUAGGGGAUAAGAGGAUCUUUCUUUCUCCAUACCCAGAGGAAUUCGCUGAUUGCAACUGCACCCAGCUCUGGGUUCAGGCAAGUCUUGGUUCUUGCUUUGCCCUGAACGUGACUCCGGAAGGGAAAUGGGGGCUCCUAAGAAGGGUUUUAUCCCCAGUGCUGGUUAUCCGCGGGACGGAGAUGGUGUGUGCGGGGCAUGCUGGGGGUUGAGGGCGGGAGGAGAUGCACAUGCAUGCUGGGGCCUGGGACAGGAAUGACAUGGUGGCCUAACAGGAGCCAGGAGGGCUGGUGGAAGGGAGUGGGGGAGGUCCUAGGGGCUCUGUAUUUCUCCAGCACUCCCAUGCUCUGCAUUCUUUGGAUCUUAUUGGUCUUGCCUCAGAAAACAGUGCUUUUCCACUUGCUCAUGUCCCUCGGUUUAUUGAUGGAGCCUGGCGCUCCCUCCCAUCCCUCGUCCUCUGGGGUGGGUCAAGGAGAAGCAGAGCAAGGGGCAGGAGGGACUCUCCUUGCUUGCUGCCUAGUCUGAGUCCACUGCAAACCUGGUGUGCACCCAGCUGAGAAGGAAGAGCUCCCCUGGGGGAAGGCAGGGCCCGCUGGGGAGUGUCAGGGGACUUGGGGGAGGCCGAUAUUGCUUAGGGGAGAGGAGAAUCCAGGCAGCAUUGGCAUCUCCACAACUUGGAAAGGGUCAGUGACUGGGAGAUAUUCAGCCACUCAGAGUCGGAGCUGGCUGCUUGCUAGCCUGAAUUGCUGGUUGCUCCCUUCCCGGGGCCAGCCAGAAUUGAGGCUCGAGGCCUAAUGUUUUACAGGUGGACCCAGAAACCAUCCUUCCUCUCCCCACCCCACCGCGCAGCCAAACCUCCUGCCAUAUUUGUGUCUGUUCCCAAUGGUUUUGUAAGGAGCUGUUGGGCAUGGAGGGGUCUCUCUCUGCUCCGCCUGGCACCUGAGAGAGGGGCCCUUCUGGCUCGCCUGCCUGUAGAGCUCAUGUGCACCUUGCUCUCUCUGAUGGGAGGGAGCCAGGGUGCACAGUGAGCACUGGGGAUCCUCGCUCAGUACGGAGCUUGGUUGAGCCAGCGACAGAUUGGGUGGCAUCCCUAUACCAGGGAGUCUGGGCACAGCUGGGGUACGUGUCAUAGACUCUUCCAAUGUCCCCUUCCCGCCUUGGCUUCUCUGCAGCACUUUAACAGACAGUGGAGGGAGGGGGUGAGUUGAUCUCCUUGCCGGGAAUGGAACUUAGCUGGGAAUUGCUCCUUAUCUCCCCUUCACACUGCCGGGAAUCAGGAAGACAUUUGGUUGGGGACCUGGGGGCCAGCCCUGCCUGUCUUGCUAGCCACCUUCGCUCUGUUGUAUAAAGCUGAUCUCUUUGUUGCUAUUCUGACAAAAGCUUCCAGAGCUUGUAAUCAAUAUAUUUUUCCUUUUGACGGGAUUUUUUUCUUAAAUAAAUUAGUUUUAACUU